AUGGCCAACAUUUGGCCUCAUUUUGUCCAUGCAUUGGCAAUAUGUUUAGUAGCUACCAAUAUUGCAGUUGUUGAUUAUGACUAUAAGCCUUACACUUAUGCUUCACCAUCACCUUAUUACUAUAAAUCACCAUAUUCAUAUCAUUACAAGUCUCCUCCACCACCUUCUCCGCCUCCGCCUCGUUACUAUUACAAGUCAUCACCUCCUCCUCAUGUUUAUAAGUCACCACCGCCACCUUCACCAUCCCCUCCUCCUCCAUAUGUGUACAAGUCUCCUCCACCUCCAUCUUCAUCACCUCCUCCCCCUUACAUUUAUAAAUCUCCACCACCACCAUCGCCAUCUCCACCUCCUCCAUACAUUUACAAGUCACCACCUCUACCUUCACCUUCACCACCUCCUCCAUACGUCUAUAAGUCACCACCAGCUCCAUCACCAUCACCUCCUCCUCCAUAUGUGUACAAAUCUCAAGGCAUCACUGCAUCAACAAAAUCUCCUCCCCCACCAUCUCCAUCACCUCCACCUCCAUAUGUUUACAAAUCCCCACCUCCUCCAUCUCCCUCUCCCCCUUCUCCAUACAUUUACAAGUCACCCCCACCCCCAUCUCCAUCACCACCUCCUCCAUAUGUCUAUAAGUCACCACCUCCACCUUCUCCAUCACCUCCUCCUCUUUAUGUUUAUAAAUCUCCACCACCACCUUCGCCUUCACCUCCUCCUCCAUACGUUUAUCAGUCACCGCCACCACCAUCUCCAUCUCCACCUCCUCCCUACAUUCAUAUGUCAGCACCUCCACCUUCACCUUCACCUUCACCAUCUCCUCCAUAUGUAUACAAGUCACCACCUCCUCCAUCACCAUCUCCUCCUCCUCCAUGCAUUUACAAGUCACCCCCUCCUCCAUCACCAUCUCCUCCUCCUCCAUACAUUUACAAGUCACCUCCUCCUCCAUCACCAUCACCUCCAUCACCAUCACCUCCUCCUCCUUAUGUCUACAAAUCCCCACCUCCUCCAUCUCCAUCCCCUCCACCUCCUUACCACUAUAAGUCUCCUCCUCCACCAUCUCCCUCACCUCCUCCUCCCUACCAUUACAAAUCUCCUCCCCCACCAUCUCCAUCACCUCCACCUCCAUAUGUUUACAAAUCCCCACCUCCUCCAUCUCCCUCUCCCCCUUCUCCAUACAUUUACAAGUCACCCCCACCCCCAUCUCCAUCACCACCUCCUCCAUAUGUCUAUAAGUCACCACCUCCACCUUCUCCAUCACCUCCUCCUCUUUAUGUUUAUAAAUCUCCACCACCACCUUCGCCUUCACCUCCUCCUCCAUACGUUUAUCAGUCACCGCCACCACCAUCUCCAUCUCCACCUCCUCCCUACAUUCAUAUGUCAGCACCUCCACCUUCACCUUCACCUUCACCAUCUCCUCCAUAUGUAUACAAGUCACCACCUCCUCCAUCACCAUCUCCUCCUCCUCCAUGCAUUUACAAGUCACCCCCUCCUCCAUCACCAUCUCCUCCUCCUCCAUACAUUUACAAGUCACCUCCUCCUCCAUCACCAUCACCUCCAUCACCAUCACCUCCUCCUCCUUAUGUCUACAAAUCCCCACCUCCUCCAUCUCCAUCCCCUCCACCUCCUUACCACUAUAAGUCUCCUCCUCCACCAUCUCCCUCACCUCCUCCUCCCUACCAUUACAAAUCACCACCACCACCUUCUCCUUCACCUGCACCACCUUAUUACUACAACUCCCCACCACCACCCAAAGUUUCCUAA